AUCUUCCAGACACCUUGUACCUGCACGCUGCUCACAAACUACCACUAUGUCCCUCCCCGCUAUGCCCUGGCGGCCCGCGUGCAUCGCCGUCGGCCUCUUCUACUCGAUGGGCGUCAUCGGCAUCGUGCAGCCGCACACAGCCACCCACAUCUUCGGAGACCUGCGGGCGACGAAGGAGGAGUCGACGUUCUACACCGUCGUCGGCGCGCGCAACCUCUCGCUCGCCGCCACCGUGCUCGCGUUCGUGUAUACCGGCCAGCAGCGCGCGCUCGGCACCAUGAUGAUGUGUUACACGCUCAUGGGCGUCGUAGAUAUCGGGUUCCUGCUAACGCGGCCCGGGUAUUCGCCCUCCAAAAUGGCCAUUCAUGUCGUUAAGGGUGCCGUGUUCCCCAUCCUCGGGGGCAAGCUGCUCGAGUGGUACUGAAGUGUGGGUGAAGGACCACGGCAGAUGUCCAGAAAAAUGCAUGCUCUACCUUCUAUA